AUGGUGAACUCUGAUGUGAAAAUGGAAUACAUGCAUGAUCCAAAUAUUUCUUAUGAUUAUUCUGUGAGUCUAACACUCAAAGGAUUGGAGAUUCAGUUGGUGAAAAUCCAAACGCUUCUUACAACCAUUGAUUUGUCUGGCAAUAUUCCACCAUCAAUGGGGAAUUGGAGCAAUUUGGAAUCACUAGACCUCUCGUCAAAUCUUUUUGUUGGAAGGAUUCCUACUCAGUUGGUAGAUUUAACAUUUCUCCUAGUAUUUCGAGUUUCACAUAAUCAACUUGAAGGACUCAUACCUGAAGGAAAGCAGUUCAACACAUUCCAUAAUGCUUCAUAUGAAGGAAAUUUGGGAUUGUGUGGAUUUUGA